UGUUUGUGUGUGCCUGUGCUCACUGGCAAAGGAGAGAAAAUGCAGCAGAAGGCAGCCAAGUAUCCAGACGUUAAAUUAACUCAUUAUUUUGCUUUCAAGAGCUCAUCCUUGCUGUUCCAAUCUACAUGGAUGCCUCUGAAAUCAGUGCAAAUUCUGCAUCUGAAGAACUGCUUUACUCAGGGUGUUCUGGCAGACGGCAGGGGCUGCUCCUCCUGCACUGACAGCCCGGCUCAUAUUCGGAGACCCUUAUCUCUUUUGCAUUCCCAGGUGGCCUCUGGAGAUCAAUUCACAAAACAAAGAUAGCAGCUGGGGGGAUGUUACAUUGUCACAAAGUCAAUAUUUUUGAAUCACUGAAUGAUUAAAUAAGCAUUGUUUCCUGCUUGUGCAUUAAGGUACAAUCAGAUGCCAGAUGAGAGAUAUGAAGCGUCUACAAAGUCUUGCACAAUCUACGGCUUGGUACCAGGAAGUACCUGUCGAUGAAAGAUAAGCAGCACACCAGGAUGCAAGUGUCAUUACUCUAGUAAUUGCCUAAAAUAAUUUUAUGCUCUUCUGAGGAAUCGAUGCACUUAUUCAUUCUUUGCUCAGUGUUUUAUCCAUGGGUGGAACUGAGCUCCCUCUCCAUUUCGUAUGUGCUCUCGUGCAGACUUGUAGGAGCUGCUGCUGGCACCAGACAUGAUCUUGUGUGUUACACUUGUUGCUGCCAGAGGGGGCCAGCAAGCAUAACACAGACCAUUUUUCACCCCUGAGGAGUCUAUGGAUGCACCGAUUUCUUCUCCGUGUGUUACACUAUGUCACAGCUAACAUUUGUGACCUUCUGCAGAAGGAGUUGUUAAUAACUGUAUCCAAGCAGACAGCAAUAUUUCCGUGUCAGCCUUUUCAGUUUUCUUCUUGCUGCAAAUAAGCACAAUCUCAGCAUCUCCCCAGAGGAUCUCACCACCAGCGGGUGUUCAAAAUAGCAAUUAGUCAGAAGGGAAAAAAAAAUAGGCCGGCAAUGUGUUUGUGUUUUUUUUGUUUGGUUUGUUUUUUGUGGGUUUUUCAUUUGUUUGUUUUGUGAAACAAUCAACAGUCUUUUACUGUUUUUUUUCCUAUUGUGUUUUGAGUAAAAGAUUGAACCUGCAAGUUUUUUCAACCCUAUGAACUAUAGAGCAAAGAAACAUGUUAUCAAAACAUUGCCAUAGCCAAAGCUGGCAUGGCAAUGCUGCACCCUGCUGCAGAUAUCUGCAGGCAUCUCGGUGAGGGGCAGCAGGAGGUGUCUCCCACGCUCACACCCCAGCCGUGAGGAGAAGGAAGGCAUUGAUUUUAAAAGAUGUUAAGUAAAAGGACUCUCGCAACCCAGCGGCAAUCGCCCAGGGAAGCGGUGUAAUUGCAGGCUGGGCCAGCCACAGCCACCAGUGUCACCUUGGAGACCAGCUGGUAAACUCCGGGCCUCCCAAAAAAGGCGGGGGCCAAGGCAGCCGGGUGUGUAAACAAGCAAAACGAGAUGGACAACGAAGUUCUGCAGCGAGCCUGCGGCCUGAACCUGUAAGAACCCGUGAGUGGGAAGGCAGGUGGGACACGGUGCCAUCCCAGCCCCCUGACACUUCUCAAGUCCCGGGUGGAAACCCUGGGUGCAGGAUAGCAUCACAGAUGCCAGGCACAGCAAGGCAUGAUCGAGAGAUGGCAAUCCAGGCCAAAAGAAAUCUGUCCAAAACCACCGACCCUGUGGAAAGACUUCGCCUGCAGUGUUUAGCAAGGGGAUCUGCAGGCAUCAAAGGACUUGGCAGAGUGUUUCGAAUUAUGGAUGAUGACAACAGCAGGACCCUGGAUUUCAAAGAGUUUGUGAAAGGAUUAAAUGAUUAUGCUGUGAUGAUAGACAAAGAAGAAGCACAAGAGAUUUUCCGGAUAUUUGAUAAAGAUGGCAGUGGAACAAUCGAUUUUGAUGAAUUUCUUGUUACACUGAGACCUCCCAUGUCAAAUGCAAGAAAAGAGAUCAUCAUGCAAGCGUUUAGGAAGUUAGAUAAGACUGGAGAUGGUGUCAUAACAAUAGAAGACUUACGGGGGGUGUAUAAUGCAAAGCAUCAUCCCAAAUACCAAAAUGGAGACUGGACAGAAGAUCAAGUUUUUAAGGCCUUUCUGGAUAAUUUUGAUUCACCCUAUGACAAAGAUGGGAAGGUCACAACAGAAGAAUUCAUGAACUACUAUGCAGGAGUCAGCGCUUCCAUAGACACAGAUGUCUAUUUUAUCGUCAUGAUGAAGAAUGCUUGGAAACUCUGAUCAUAUGAUUAAAGGAGCAAGACUUUGCUUCCACCUUUUAUCACAAAAGAUGAAUUUUUGAACUACUACUCUGGAGUUAGUGCUUCUGUGGACAGUGAUGCCUACUUCAUUUUAAUGAUGAAGAAAUCCUGGAAACUCUGACUUCUGCUUACAUUUGCCCGAACUUCUUUGGGAUCAGAGACUAUAAAGAAGUGAAACACUGUGUA